CACUGCGCGUCCUUGGCGGAGAGGGCAGGUGACCGGCCGAAGAGGAGGACGCAGAAUGAGGGUCCAGCGGGUCUCCCAGGCACUGUUUCGUGCCUUCAGCUCGACCGCCCGCACUCACAUGGCGAACAGAGUGGCGGAGAAACAGAAACUCUUCCAGGCGGACAAUGACCUUCCAGUGCACUUGAAAGGCGGGGGAGCCGACAACAUCCUGUACCGACUGACUAUGCUGCUGGUGACGGGGGGCACCGCCUACAGCCUGUACUGCCUUGGCUGGGCCUCCUUCCCCCACAAGAAAUAAGCCCAAGAAACCUGCAGGACCUGAGGGACAUGAACAACAAGCGUCAAUAAAUGUGCUGGCUUCUUAGGGAGCCCAACCUACCUCUGCUCUGUGUGUGUG